AUGGCUCUGCUGGCGCGGAUCCUGAAGGCCGGUCUGAGCGCGGCGCCCGAGCGGGGCGUGCUCCCGGGCGGCGGGGCCCCGCGGCUGCCGGCGGGGGCGCAGGCCGAGGACAAAGGAGCCGGGCGGCCGGGGCCGCCGCCAGCCGGGGGCCGGGCAGAGGGGCCCCGGAGCCUCGCGGCCAUGCCGGGGCCCCGGACCCUCGCCAACCUGGUAGAGUUCUUCUGCAAGGACGGCUUCAGCCGCAUCCACGAGAUCCAGCAGAAGCACACACAGGAAUAUGGAAAAAUCUUCAAGUCUCACUUUGGUCCUCAGUUUGUAGUAUCUAUUGCAGACCGAGACAUGGUGGCUCAGGUGCUCCGGGCGGAGGGGGCUGUGCCCCAGAGAGCCAACAUGGGGUCCUGGCAGGAGUACCGAGACUUACGAGGGAGAUCCACCGGGCUCAUCUCGGCGGAGGGUGAACAGUGGCUCAAGAUGAGAAGUAUACUGAGACAAAGAAUUCUGAAACCGAAAGAUGUGGCCAUUUUUUCGGGAGAAAUCAAUCAAGUAAUUGCUGAUUUAAUUAAAAGAAUCUACAUCCUCAGGAGCCAGGCAGAAGAUGGAGAAACUGUGAGCAGUGUCAAUGACCUUUUCUUCAAAUACUCAAUGGAAGGAGUGGCCACCAUCCUUUACGAGAGCCGUUUGGGCUGCCUGGAGAACAGCGUUCCGCAGCUGACAGUGGACUACAUUGAGGCCCUGGGGCUCAUGUUCAGCAUGUUCAAGACCUCCAUGUACGCAGGCGCCAUCCCCAGGUGGCUCCGCCCGCUCAUCCCAAAACCCUGGCGGGAAUUCUGCAGGUCCUGGGAUGGACUCUUCAAAUUCAGCCAAAUCCACGUUGACAACAAGCUGAGAGACAUACAGUGCCGCAUGGACCAAGGGGAGAGAGUGAGAGGGGGGCUGCUCACAUACCUCUUCCUCAGUCAGGAGCUGACGCUGGAGGAGAUCUACGCCAACAUGACUGAGAUGCUGCUGGCUGGCGUCGACACAACGUCCUUCACGUUAUCCUGGGCGGUGUAUCUCCUUGCCAGGCACCCGCAAGUGCAGCAGACUGUGUACCAGGAGAUAGUCAAGAAUUUGGGGGAAAGGCAUGUUCCAACGGCUGCAGAUGUCCCCAAAGUCCCGUUGGUCAGAGCUCUGCUUAAGGAAACCUUGAGGCUGUUUCCAGUGCUGCCGGGGAAUGGCCGCGUCACCCAGGAAGACCUGGUUGUCGGCGGGUAUCUGAUCCCCAAAGGCACCCAGCUGGCCCUCUGCCACUACGCCACAUCCUACGAGGAUGCGAACUUCCCUCGGGCCAAGGAGUUCCGGCCAGAGCGCUGGCUGCGGAAAGGAGGCCCGGACCGUGUUGACAACUUCGGGUCCAUCCCCUUCGGCUACGGGGUUCGGAGCUGCAUCGGGCGGAGAAUCGCCGAACUGGAGAUCCACCUCGCCGUGAUCCAGUUGCUUCAACAUUUUGAGAUCAAAACACCUCCUUGGACUAAAGCUGUUCCUGCAAAAACCCACGGGCUUCUGACUCCAGGGGAGCCCAUCCACGUGCGUUUCGUUAACAGAAAGUGAGCCUGGAUUUUUAAAUCCAGCCAGCGGACUGACACACUGCGUGUUCAUGUGUCACCGAUCGCGGCGCGGAGGAGAUGAUCCCGUUCAGAGGCUGUCUUGGUUCUAAACUGGCCUCACAGGUUCUGGAAGACUUGUAAAUCUUUACACCAAGUAACGUGAAAAGAUUGUUAUUCUACUUCUGCAUACCGGAGUUGCCUUUUCUUUGGGGAAACAACAGUUUAAAACCCAGUGACAGUGAAUUCUCGUGUCUCAUAUGUUGUCUUACCUUGCGCUAUACCUGAUAGAGUCUAUACUAGAUAGUAUUAUAUAGUAUAUAGUGACCAAUAGUCUGUACAUUUAUUUGUGCAAGGAAGUGUUGGUUUACUUAUAAAUUCAGUGCUUGACUAUAUGUUCUCGAACACUGCAUCAGCCUCCGUGCUAGGAGGCAGUUUCAGCUUCUUAUUCUCACGUGAAGAGGGAGUGUUCAGGGAGCCUCUGGAACGCUGUAAGCGCGGGAAGAAAGCGCAGAGACGACGCCAUCUGAGCACCAGGUGUCGAUUCUGCAGCGGGGCUCCAGUUAAAAGGACCAGAUUCUUAUUUUUCUCUCCAAACUUGUGCUUCCUUUUCUAGUCAUAGCUUCUAAAGAAGUUGAAUAUUAGUUUUAGUUUGAAAGAAAUAAUCAAUAGAAAAUAAAACUCCUGGUGAAAUCAAGAAUAAUCAGAUUUUCUAACCAAAUCUAAAUACUAAGCAGAUUGCAUGAGAACUGAAAAUCGGACUAUUGAGGAAUUUCAUUGCCUCAGCGGAAAAAAAGGAAUUAAAUAAGCAUCGGGUAAAACAGUGUAACUUUAGAACAUUUUUAUUUCAAGAAAAAAUAAAUAUGUAAACGGACAUGCUGUAGAUGAAAUAAUGUUUUUAUCUUCAUAGUGUUAUUUUACAUUUCCGCAUGGGCCCUGCGAUACAGCUGCUGCUCGGGGCUCCCGGCUCGGGGGCGCUCAGGAGGGCUCCGUCUGGCCAAGUCCUGUUGCCUUUCAGGCCACUUGCUGGUCGCUGAUAAGAAAAAACACAAUUUUAUGAUGUUAUCUCAGCACCUCCGUGCUUGAAACCUCUUAUUCCCAAUCCCAUAAUUCUUUCUACGUAAUCCUUACCCCAAAACCACUUUCCUACUAAUAUAUACUGUAAAUCUUUUUUCUCCUCUUUGGUCAUUCUGCAA